AAUAUAAAAAAUUUAAUAAAAUCACUAUAAAACUCAUAAAUCCAUUGACAAUAUACUCCUAUUAUCUGAUCCUCUCUAUCUUCUAUACACAGGCAGAAAUGGCAACUCCUCUCAGGAGCAACAGCAGGCUCUCUAUUGCCAUGGAAAGAACUGGCCAAUGGGUUUUUUCUCAAGAGAUUCCAACUGAUGUUGUGGUUGAAGUUGGAGAAGCCAGUUUCUCACUUCACAAGUUCAUGCUAGUGGCGAAGAGCAACUACAUAAGGAAAUUAAUAAUGGAGACAAAAGAAACGGACCUGACUAGAAUCAAUCUUUCUGGUAUACCUGGAGGUCCUGAGAUGUUUGAGAAAGCAGCAAAGUUCUGCUAUGGAGUCAACUUCGAGAUCACAGUUCAGAAUGUUGCAGCGCUUCGUUGCGCAGCUGAGUAUCUCCAGAUGACCGAUUUGUACUGUGACAACAACCUAGCUGGUCGGACUGAUGAUUUUCUCGGUCAAGUUGCCUUGUCUAGCCUCUCUGGGGCCGUUGUCGUGUUAAAAUCCUGUGAAGAUCUUCUUCCCAUGGCUGAAGACCUUAAAAUCGUGCAAAGAUGUGUUAAUGUUAUAAGCAUUAAGGCCUGUAAUGAAGCGAACUUUCCUAGCCGGUCGCCACCAAACUGGUGGACGGAAGAAUUGUCGAUUUUGGACAUAGAGUUUGUCGGGAAAAUCAUUUCUGCGAUGAAACAACGAGGCGCGAAAGCACUAACCUUAGCUAGUGCAGUAAUAACUUACACAGAAAGAAAUCUAAGAGAUCUAGUCCGGGAUCACUCCGGCAAUGGCAUCAGGUCGUUUGAUUCUGAAGACUCUGCCGUCAGAAGCCGGCAGCGAGAGCUUCUACAAUCAAUAAUCGCCCUUUUGCCUUCAGAGAAGGCGGCUUUUCCGAUCAACUUCCUAUGCUGUCUUCUACGAUCAGCAAUCUUUCUCAAGGCCUCAAACGCCUGCAAGACCGAGCUGGAGAAACGAAUUUCUGCCAUAUUAGAGCAUGUGACGGUCGAUGAUCUUCUGGUACUGUCUUUCACUUAUGACGGAGAGAGACUCUUUGAUUUAGAGAGCGUGAGGAAGAUUAUAUCAGGAUUUGUGGAGAAGGAGAAGAGCAUGGCCGUCUUCAGCGGCGGCGAUUUCAAGGAUACAUGUUCUGCUGCUAUGCAGAGAGUUGCCAAGACAGUGGAUGCUUAUCUUGGGGAGAUUGCCACCUACUCUGAACUGGGUAUCUCUAAAUUCAAUGGAAUUGCUAUGUUGGUUCCAAAAGGAUCAAGGGGAGUUGAUGAUGAUCUCUACCGCGCCAUUGACAUCUAUUUGAAGAGUCAUCCUCACCUGGACGAAAUAGAAAGAGAGAAGGUGUGCAGUGUGAUGGACCCAUUAAAACUAUCAUACGAAGCAAGACUCCAUGCUUCACAAAACAAACGGUUGCCUGUACAGAUAGUUCUACAUUGCCUCUACUUCGACCAGCUGAAGCUAAGAAGUGGGGUUGCCGAUCGCAGCACACCAGAAGCCAUGGCUCCUAACACAAAGAGUCAAUUACAGACAGAUGUGUCUCUCAUCAGAGAGAACGAAGCACUGCGGUCAGAGCUUAUGAAGAUGAAGCUUUACAUCACAGACAUGCAGAAGAGCAGUCAAGGGACCACUUCCGCCAGGGGAGGACCCCGGAAGACAACCUUCUUCUCUUCCAUGUCCAAGACUUUAGGGAAGUUGAACCCUUUCAAGCAUGGGUCUAAGGAUACCUCUCAUAUUGAUGAUAGUGCUGGUGUGGAUAUCACAAAGCCUAGGAGAAGAAGGUUCUCAAUCUCUUAAUUAGGAGUGUCACUAUAUAUAUAUAUAUAUAUGAUCAUUAUUUUGUUGGUGUUGUACAUUUUUUUCUCUAGAGAUGGAUCUUCUCUUUGAAGUUUGCACUUUGGAUGAGGGAGGAUCAUGAUACAUUUUAUGUAAUUCUGUGUGGGUAUGAUUUGUUUUGCUUGUGUUUGUAUUGGAUUCAUAGUUUUUGUGGGGUUUGAUUAUACUUUAAAAAAAAUGUUGUGUAAAAUGUUAGGAAAGAACAUUAGUCAAGAAAUUAUUACAAAGCUGAUCUCCUUUGGUUUU